CAGUCUGCUUGACACCGUCUCCUCCCAACUGUGCUCUCUCCAUCCCUGCUUCCCUUGCCCGCCUUCCUCUACUCUCUCACUCUGUCUCUCUCUCUCACUCCCUCUCUCCAGGCUGUGCCUCAUUGGUGUGUCCUGAUUCCCUUUUUUCCAUUAGGCUCCAGGCCCAUUGGUCGUCCGCCUUCGAACCAUUAUCUCCACUCGUCCACCCCUUUGCCAUCCUGUCUCCUUCCACUCUGCCUCCUUACACACCCAGUCAUCUCUGAAGUCGUAAAAAAAUGAAAUAAAAUACAAUAAAAUGAGAGUUUGCGUGCAAUGCGGGAGCCCAAGUUUGCAGCACAUUAAAUGAAUUGGGAGAGAAAUAAAGGGAAGGCUGUCAGAAAGAAGAAGCAGCACAUUUGGGAGAAAAGUUUCAAGAGAAGACUGCAGCUGAAAAUGAGUCUGGAGGACAUGUGGUGAGCAUUUCCUCUCCAAGUGAAUGCCAGUGGGUUACAGUGGAAGCAGAGGUCUGGAAGAACUGUCUCGACACCAAACCAUUGCAGAUGGAGGUGGAUGCAGACGAUAAGCACCACCGCACACGCUCCAAAGUACCUGUGGAUCCUGGAUUAACACAGCUUUUCAGUGUGUAUGGAUGCCCUAUGGCCAAGAAGAGACAGAGUCUAGACAGACAAACCUUGGAGACCUCCCCCAAAAGAAGCACCUACCUAGAUGACAUGGACAACUCCACAAUGGAGGAGUGCUACGAGACAGACGGAACGGAGGAGAUGGAUGACAGGGAGGAGGAAGAGGAUGGAGCACUCGAAGAAGAGGAGGAUGGUGAGGUGGAGGAGGUUGAAGGCUAUAUGGACUACAACGAAGAACAAAUGGAGCAUGAGGAAAGUGAGAUGGGUAGAGGAGAGGGUGAGGAAGAGGUAGAUGUGGAGGAAGAAGAGGAUGAAGAGGAGGAAGAGAGGGUAGAGGAAGAAGAGGAGGAGACAGUGGCUGUGGAGGACUAUGAAGAGGGGGAAGAGGAAGAAGAACAAGGGCAAGAGGAGGAUCCGAUGAGCAGUGGUGAGGGCAGCGGGGGGGAUGUCAGUGGCGGGAAGUCAGGUUCCGGAGCGGAGAAGGAUGACAACAACAACGACGAGUAUGAAAACUAUGACGAGCUUGUGGCCAAGUCGCUGCUUAAUCUGGGCAAGAUCGCAGAAGAUGCCGCCAACCGGGCAAUCACAGAGUCGGAGAUGAACAGCAACUCAUCUCACAGUGCCGAGGAGGAAGAAGAGGAAGAGGAGGAGGAGGAGGAGGAAGAAGAGGAGGAGGAAGAGGAGGAGGAAGAGGAGGAAGAAGAAGAAGACGAGGAAGAGGAGGAGGAUGAGGAGGAGGAGGAAGAAGAAGAGGAAGAAAGUGAGGAAACACCAACAGAUAAUCAACGUGAUCUGAGUUUGGACGUUCAUAGUGAUGUGGUUAGAGAGACUGUGGACUCACUCAAACUCCUGGCACAAGGACAUGGUGCUGUUUUAUCGGACAAUUUAGAGGGACAGGAUUAUGAGGAAGGCAUUGCUGGAAAUGGAGACUGUUCCCACAAUGGCAUCAGUAUGCACAAUGGUGGUAAUGGACUAGGAAAGACCACUGGCAACGGACAAUUAGAAAACAGUGAUGAGGAAGUUUGUCUCAGCAGUCUGGAGUGCCUACGGAAUCAAUGUUUCGAUCUUGCUCGGAAACUCAGUGAAACGAAACCCACAGACCGCAAUGGGUCAUUCCAGCAGAAUCAUUACCUAUGCGGGGACGUGAACCAGCAGCCCCAGCAUCACGGCUAUGGGGAGUUCCAGCAUAGUCAAGAUGACAGACGAUCGCUCAACAGGAACUAUUCAGACAUGGACAAUCUCUUGAAGCUUGAGGAACAGCUGAGCCCGCGGUCCAAGGCCUUUGCUAGUUGCGUGCAGGGUGACCGGUUUCACCACCGGGACUUCGACGAAGACACAGCAUCUGUGACUUCAGACAGGUCAGAGGAAGUGUUUGACAUGACAAAAGGCAACCUGUCCUUGUUGGAAAAGGCCAUUGCGUUGGAAUCCCAACGUGCGAAGGUGCUGCAUGAUAAAAUGGAGGCGGACGCAGCGAGGAGAGACGGUGUGAGGUAUGGCCAUGACGACCAUGGCUCGCGGCAUGCCUAUGGCGUUGAGCGAAAAGGACGACUCCCUGAUGGAAUGAAGAAGCUUUUCUAUCAUAAAGAUGCUUCCCGCGCAGACAAGAAGGAGAGCCGCUGUCCGACACCGGGCUGUGACGGCACGGGUCAUGUGACUGGGUUGUACCCCCACCAUCGAAGCCUGUCAGGCUGUCCGCACAAAGACAGAGUGCCACCAGAAAUUGUGGCUAUGUAUGAGAACGUUCUUAAGUGUCCUACGCCUGGCUGCACUGGACGCGGCCAUGUCAAUAGCAACAGAAACUCUCACAGAAGUCUGUCCGGAUGCCCAAUCGCUGCAGCCGAGAAGCUUGCCAAGGCCCAGGAAAAACACCAGAGCUGUGACAGCUCCAAGCCCAACCAGGCUUCUGAUCGAGUCUUAAGGCCUAUGUGCUUUGUCAAACAACUGGACUAUCCUCAGUAUGGUGACAAGAACAAUGUUUCCACCAGCACGCCCCGAUCCAACCUGGCCAAGGAGCUGGAGAAGUACUCUAAGACCAGCUUUGACUACAGCGCCUUUGAGGGCACCAACAACCACCAAGUUUACGGGAAACGGGCCAUAGCACCCAAGGUUCACGGGCACAGGGAUACCUCCCCCAAAGGAUUUGACGCCAAGCGCUACUGCAAGAACUCCAGUUCAGCCAGCAGCACUACCAGCACCUACGCUCCCAGCAGUAGCAGCAGCAGCCUGAGCUGUGGAGGCGGAGUGGGGGGUGUUGGAGGAGGCGGGGGCAGCAGCGCCAGCAGCACCUGCAGCAAGAGCAGCUUUGACUACAGCCACGACAUGGAGGCCGCACACAUGGCUGCCACAGCCAUCCUCAACCUGUCCACACGCUGUCGGGAGAUGCCCCAUGGUAUGGGGGGAAAGCCCCAAGAUUUGUGCUCACAGAGUCCCAGCCUGGAUGUUGACGAAAACGGUACAUUGGACCUGAGUAUGAGCAAGCGUCUGUGCAGUGGCGGAGGGGACUCUGUGCUCACCCCGCUAGAGCCCAUGUCCCCCCAGAGGCAAGCUGCCCUUCUGGGUUCCCGCUGCUACGGCAUGGGGGACGCUGCUGACUGUUGGGACCUGCCUGUAGACUACACCAAGAUCAAACACAUAGAUGAGGACGAGAAAGAGGAUGACCUGGACCCCUUCCAAGACCUUUUGGACGAUCGUUCCUACGCCACAGAUGUGAACAUGCCCAGUCCCAAACCCAAGUACGCCCAGUGCAAGGAGAGUAAGAAGGACCUGAUAACAUGUCCCACACCGGGGUGUGAUGGAAGUGGUCACUUGACGAGCAAUUUCGCCUCACAUCGAAGUCUCUCAGGUUGUCCAUUAGCUGAUAAAAGUAUUCGGAGCAUGCUGGCCAACAACGCGCAAGAGCUCAAGUGCCCGACACCAGGGUGCGAUGGUUCGGGACAUAUCACUGGCAACUACGCCUCUCACAGAAGCCUCUCAGGGUGUCCACGGGCCAGGAAAAGUGGGAUUAAGAUCAUCCACAGUAAAGAGAACAAGGAAGACCAAGAGCCUAUCAGGUGUCCUGUUCCUGGUUGUGAUGGUCAGGGUCAUGUGACAGGAAAGUAUGCAUCCCACAGAAGUGCAUCAGGAUGUCCCAUAGCAGCCAAGAGACAAAAAGACGGCUACCUAAAUGGCAUCCAGUUCACGUGGAAGUCUGGCAAGACGGAGGGAAUGUCCUGCCCCACGCCGGGCUGCGACGGUUCAGGUCACGUCAGCGGCAGCUUCCUGACGCACCGGAGUCUGUCAGGCUGUCCACGUGCCACCUCCGCGAUGAGGAAAGCUAGGCUCUCCGGAGUGGACAUGCUCACAAUGAAGCAGCAGCGAAGCAGCAAUGGGUUGGAUCACGAAGAGGAGCUCAAACACCUGGAUGAAGAAAUCAAAGACUUAAGUGACUCAAAUUCACAAGUGGAAGCAGACAUGAUCAAACUCAGAACUCAGAUCACCACCAUGGAGUCCAACUUGAAGUCCAUGGAGGAGGAAAACAAGGUGAUUGAACAGCAAAAUGACUCUCUCCUGCAUGAGCUGGCCAACCUCAGCCAGUCACUGGUUAACAGUUUAGCUAAUGCCCAGCUCCCCCAUAUGAAACCGUUGGCACACAAAGAACCUCUUCUUCGGACUAACAGCUGCUUACAGCUCCACCAGCAAGAGCCAAUUGAACAAAACUUUGAUGCCUAUGUCACUUCCCUAACGGACAUGUACACAACCCAGGACCAGUACCAUGGUCCAGAAAACAAAGCCUUGUUGGACAACAUCAAGCAGGCGGUCCAAGGGAUCCAAGUGUAACCAUUUAGCAAAGGCAGCCUCAUGUUCAUCCCUGCAAGAUGUGGGCCGUGUCUCAGAAUCCUCAGUUGGGACGAAGAUUCCAUUUUCUUGGUGCAGAGCAGUUACUUAUAAUGUACAGUGUUAUAUAUUAUGAAUACUUUAAGAAAAAGAGAGGUAUUAUGCUUGGCAAGAGACGUUAAAACAAUUUCUUUUUCUUUUCGGGGGUCUUGCUUUGACGAAGAACACAAAAGCAGCAUAAACAGCAAAAUAGUUUUUGAGGACAUUUUGUACGUUUUCAUAUGAGCUGACAGUGUCAUGUAAUGUUUCUAUCUGCUCAUUUAUGCACAUUUUAGUGUAUACCACUGAACAGUAAGCUGAUACUAACGGAACAUGAAUUCUUUUUAUUGCUUGACCACAGAGCAUUUUCGAUGAGCUGGACAGUGAUAUAAAGGAACAAAAACUCUUGAAGAGGAAACAACAAUUUUUUUUUCUUUUGCCUCAACAAGUGGUUUUCAAUUUUUUUUUUUCUCGUCUUGCUCGUGGAGUGUUCAAGGGCAAGAGCUGGCUUGCAAAUUGCUUUAUUUUUUGACAAUGCUUGAAAAUUAGUGUUUUGUUUUAUUAUAAAAAAAAAAAGUGUAGCCGAAGCGGGAGGGGGGAUUUGUACUUGGUGCUGUAAAGGAAUCUGGAGGGGGGCAACUGACCGGAUGUACAGUAUGUAUGAAUGUAUGUAUGAGCAGUUAUAUUGUAAACAUCAUUACACGGAAACCUGAUGGUGGAGAUCCCAUUUUAUUAUUUAGGAGACCAAAUUAAUUCCCAAGGGAACAGUGUAUGUGCAUUGUCCGGUCACAUGCAUCUUGUCAUCUAAUCUCAAUUCUAAAUGUAUAAACAACGAUCUCAAAAUAUCACUCAUAUCCUCCUAUUAAAUCCAAAUUAUGUUGCUUGAAUCAAAAAUUUGUCAGCAAUAUGAAAAAUAAAUCAUUUCUUUAUCGUGGUUAAGAGUUACAAUCUGCAAAGGAACAAAACAUAGGGUAUAUGCAAUUUCUUGUUUAUAGACAAAGUGGGGUGACACUAAUCUUUUUCAUAUAGCUAUGUAAAAUAGUGAAUUUUUUAUACAAAUCUUUUAGUACAAAAAAAAAGUUUUUUAAAACGUGGGAGGAAUCUAAUUGUUGAGUUGUCAAAGUGAAAUGUUUGUUCCGCUUUUUCUGUAAUAUUUUGCACAGGGACGCCUUCGUUUCCAUGUUUUGAUGUUCUUACAGAACUAAAAGCAGUACCCGAGAGACGAAAAGGAGGGUUUUGUAAAGAGUAUUUAUAGACAGAAGGACUUACAGGGUCACUGUCCCCGUGUAUGUGCCAGUCGACUAUUUGCACUUGUCCUUGAAGAUAUUCCUUACAUAUGGCGACGUGCAAUUUUUACAGGUGACCUCUUUGGCACACGAUUGGAGCAACUAAGAACUUGGAGUCACUGUGUGGAUUAAGUACCACUGAAGAAGGAAGAACAGGGAAUAAGAUGACUAUAAACAUAACAGUUGGACUGUAGGCUAUUGUAAAAAAAAAAAUAAAAUAAAAAAUCAAUGUUCAUUUUGGCUAUGUUUUAGGAAGAUGACGUUAUCCCCCAGCAGCACUUUAUAUCUAAUCACUGUACAAAGGAAUUAAGAAAUUAAUCAAUUCAAGGUCUAAAAAAAAAGAAAAAGAAGAAGCAGAAGACAACAAAGGCCUGGUGAAACAAGACCUUUUGAGAGUGAUACAAUCCAGCAUCACACACCCAGCGUGACUGUGUGCACCGCUCCAUUCUAUUGUUCUACUUGUUAGUGGUCAUCAGAAUAUGACUCGUCCUGAGCAAAUGCAGCUGAAUCUCAUUGAAUGAACUUUGCCGUCCGUUGCCAGGAUCAUCUCCUGCCCAUCACCCAUAACUGCAUUUGCCUUUUUCCAUGGCAUUGUGUCUGCAGCUUUUUGCCAAUAUAGUGAUGCUUCAGUAGAGUAAUUGCUAGUACAAUUUUUGUUUUAUUUGAUGAAUUGUCAUUAUCAGUCAAAAUGGAAAAAGGGAUUAUUAAAGCACAAACUGCUCAUCUGACAUCGGUACGUAAAUAACAAAUCUGAAGAGUUAUCUGUGACUAUCUAUAGGGAACACAAAAAGGUUGCCACGUAUUUAGAAUGAUGACUUUUAAUUUUUUUUAAAAUGUUAGAUCGUCAGAGUUUAUUACUUUAUUUGCACCAUUUAAUUUUGAGAUGGGUUUCAAUGACAAUGAACAAAGACUGGAUUUUGUAUAAACUAUUGUGCUCUCUGUGGAACUGAAGUUUGAUUUAUUUUUGUACGACACAGCAUGGAUUUGUUGACAUUUUAAUUUUGCUAUAAAUGUGUGGGAUCACAAGUUGCUGUGAUAUUUCCUUUAUAAAUUGUGAACUUUGUACAAUUUUUGUCAUGCUGGAUGUUGACACAUCUUACUCGAAUAAAGAAAAAUGUGUUGC